ACACCUAAUCAUCUUUCAUCUUUAUAUUAAUCCAUCUCCUUCCCUCUCUCUUUUCUUCAAUCUCAAAUGGAUCGUCUCAAGCUUUCUCUCUCCCUCUUCGUUCUCUUUUUCCUUGUCCUCUCCGCCUCCUCCGACGGCAACGAAGGCGGCGAUGAUCUCGUGAUCAAGCAAGUGGUUGACGGAGGAGCCGAGCCCAACGUUCUAUCCUCCGAGGAUCACUUCUCUCUGUUCAAGAAAAAGUUCGGCAAGGUCUACGCGUCCAGCGAGGAGCACGACUACAGAUUCUCCGUUUUCAAAACCAACCUCAGGCGAGCGAGGCGUCACCAGAAGCUGGAUCCCUCUGCGCGUCACGGCGUUACGCAGUUCUCCGAUCUGACUCGCUCUGAGUUCAAGAAGAAGCAUCUCGGGGUUAGAGGCGGGUUUAAGCUUCCCAAGGACGCUAACAAGGCUCCGAUCCUCCCUACCGAGAAUCUCCCGGAGGAGUUUGAUUGGAGAGAUCGUGGUGCAGUUACUCCCGUCAAAAAUCAGGGAUCGUGCGGUUCUUGCUGGAGUUUCAGCGCCACUGGAGCUCUGGAAGGUGCUAACUUCCUCGCUACGGGCAAACUAGUUAGCCUUAGCGAACAACAGCUCGUUGACUGUGAUCACGAGUGUGAUCCAGAAGAAGCAGGCUCGUGCGACUCUGGUUGCAACGGUGGCCUCAUGAACAGCGCUUUCGAAUACACACUCAAAACCGGAGGGCUCAUGAGAGAAGAAGACUAUCCCUACACCGGAAAAGACGGCCCCACCUGCAAGCUAGACAAGUCCAAGAUCGUCGCAUCCGUCUCCAACUUCAGUGUCAUCUCCAUCGACGAAGAGCAGAUCGCUGCGAACCUUGUCAAGAACGGACCUCUUGCGGUAGCCAUCAACGCCGCAUACAUGCAGACUUACAUUGGAGGAGUCUCGUGCCCUUACAUAUGCAUGAGGAGGCUCAACCACGGUGUCUUGUUGGUUGGUUAUGGUUCGGCUGGUUACGCUCCUGCUAGGUUCAAGGAGAAGCCUUACUGGAUCAUCAAGAACUCGUGGGGAGAGACUUGGGGUGAGAAUGGUUUUUACAAAAUCUGCAGAGGCCGUAACGUUUGUGGUGUUGAUAGUCUUGUCUCAACCGUUACAGCCGCUGUGUCACCCACCGCCCAUUAAUUAAGCCAGCUCUUGUUUUAAUAAAUUAACUAACGCUGGUGAUUUGUGUGAGCGAGGACUCUUUGAUUGACUACCUAUUUUCUCUCUGCUUUUUUUAUAAAGGAAGAUGAAGUUUGUAUUGUAAAUAAAAAUGCAUUUUCUCGAACAAACCCAAAUACAAUGACCAUCGCUGUUGA